AUGGGUGCGCCGUUCUCUGCGGAGUUGGUCGGCGCGUGGGCGUGGAUCGUUCCGCUGCACCACCAAUCAGCACGCUCCUCGAGCGAAUCGAGUCGCGAGGUGACGGCAUUCGACGCAACCAGGAUGCAGAACAAGACCAUGCUGAGUGCGGUUCUGCCUGCCGUGCUUCCAAAUCCGCGGCUAAUCUUUGCGGCAGCUCGUCGAAACGAUGGUGCGCGCAAAGUGGCAAGCGAGGACCUAAUCCUCCGAAAAUCCUCCGCGCUCGCAUUCCGCAACCCACUCGUCCCUGCACCUCGAUCCUGCCCUUGCCACCUCGCCUCUUUCUGCUCGAACCUUCGACGCAGUGCAGACGUGGACCGCGGUGCGGAUCUGUCAAAUCGGUCAAAAUCGUCUUUCUUUGCCUGCCGCCAGCACGGUGCGUCACGAGGUCGGGCGGUCCGAAACUGCUCCUUUGGCGAAGUCGGCUACGAGUGCGGCACUCGACACCGAAACUGUGCCGCAUCGGCUCGUCCGCUCCAGCCUUCGGCACGAAGCCCUGUCUGCGUCCGCACCAGGUGGCUUCCCGCUUUGUUUCGCGAGCUCCGGCGAGAUCGCGAUCGGCUGGACGCUAUCGAGCGAUCGCAUCGUUUGCUGGUUAUCAGACACUGCGGCCAAGCGAGCUCGGUUCAAGUCGCCUCGUCCUCGUUUGAUGGCGCGUGGCGUUCCCACAAAGUCGUCUUCCCCCACUCGCUGCCACCGAAACGGCGGGUUCGCGGUGAGCCAACUCUGCUCGAACUCGCUGAUCGGGCCAUCCGAACCGCAGCGCGCGUUCCUGCGCGGGGGGGGGGCGGAACAGACUCGGCGAAACUCUUGCGUUAG